CAUCUGGCAACACUGGCCUCGGUUUUCGUAUGAAAAUGUACGACGCGUUGGAACGUUGCCCAGGAGCAUAUUGUGGACGGUCCCCGCUCGGAAAUGACACUUGGAGUAGCUGCGGGGUCUGUCCCCGAGGAUCCCGGGUGAACCAGAGCUAUGCCUGCUCUCCUUGCCGCGACGAAUUGACCACAUACUCCUGGCUUUAUCUUGGGUUUAUGACCAUGCUUCCACUUAUGAUGCACUGCUUCUUCAUCGACAUGGACGCCAAGGAUCGCAAAUUUUCCCGCAAGCAGCUGAUCCUGACGGCUAGCGCCUUCGUUGAGGUAGCACUAUCUGCCGUCUUGGCCACCUUAUUUAUGGAGCCCAUGUGGGAGCUGCGCCUGUACGCAUGUGACGUUCGGAAGCUCACCGACUGGUAUACCUUGUUCUACAAUCCCAGUCCCAACUAUGAGGCACGGGUCUAUUGCACUCAGGAGGCGGUAUAUCCACUGCAAACCAUUGUUUUGGUGUUCUACUUUUUGUGUCUGGUUAACAUGUUUCUCAUUCGCCCGCUGGUCAGUAAAUUGAUGGAUGUGGGCGGCAGGAGCAGGGCCCCCAUAUACUCCGCACUCUACUUUCUGCCCCUGCUUACUUUUGUCCAUGCUCUAGGAUGUGGUCUAAUCUAUUACUCCUUUCCGUACUUGAGUGUGGCAAUCUCAAUGGUGGCCAAUGCAAUCCACUAUUCCCUCAAGCUGGACCAAACCCUGAAGGCUCUGGUUCACUCUUCGUUGUGGGAAUUAAAAAAUGUGAUUAUAAUAGCUGUCCACUGGAUGCUGUUGGCGUAUGGAAUCACCUCCCUCAAUUACCAUUAUGCAUUUAUGUGCUUGGUGCCGUUUCCCACGCUUUUUUACAUCCUGACCGUUAGAUUUACGGACCCAGGAGAGUUCCGGGAACUGGAGUCGAGAAUUUGAUGCGGCGACGUCCAAAUGCAAAUUUUCCACACCCGUGGAACCCGACGGUCUACUGUUGUUAUCUAUGUGUAGUGCGCGUCGCCUUAUUUAUUUACCUAUAAUUUGUAGCUUGUAUUCAACUUGUUUCGAUUUUUUUAUAUUUCCUUAGGCAAUUUCGAAAAAUGAUAAUUCUGGAAGUGUGAGAAUCGAAACAGUUUCUUUAGUGUACUUGGCGUAUUAUGCACCCGUAAUUAAUUUCACCGUUCUUUUCGUUUUAAUUAUAUUUCACAUUAAUUAUACACAUAUAGUAAUAUUAAAUACAAA